UUCAACAUGACCACAACGAUUACGUCGAUGUUCUUCUGCCUGUUCAACAGCAAAGAUGGUUGGUAACAGUUUGCUUAUUGAACUUUUUCGAAAUUUUAUUACAUUUAAGAGAAAACGAUCUGUUGAAAAUUAUUUCUACAUGCUUAAUUAAUCAGCCCGUUCAUAACAACACGAUUCUGGAUCUUAUAUUCAUCAUUCUUUUGUUAUAUGAAAGAACUAGAUUUUGUAAAUUAAAUGAAUAUAUAACUAAACGUUGCGAGACUAGGCAUCGCUCUACAAAAAUAAUGCCUGAAGACUUUACAAGUACAACGAAUCAUUCUAAUGCAAUAAAUACAAACGAAGUAUUACGACCAAAUGGAAACGAUAUGAAGUGUUACGAUAUAUGGAUGGCAAUGCAUCUUCAUCUGGAAUUGAGUAAGAUAUGUAAUAAUCUGAAUACUAUAUUUGGAGCACCGAUGCUUUUAGAAAUGAUAUCUUUCUUUAUUGGCGAAAUAGGCUUAAUUAGUGAAUUGUAUAUUACACUUACUAAUUCCAAUACCUGGGAAUCGUUUAAGAUAAAGAAAGUCUUAGAUAUUCUUGUAUGGAGUAUGUUUUACACAAUCAAAUUACUCUCGAUUAACUAUACAUGCGAGAUAGUCAAGGCCGAGGCAAAUAAGACGCAAGUAUUUAUUCAGAAAGUAAUGGAUUCCUUUCAUGUUACAAUACGCGAAGAGGUUUUUCAAUUCAUAUCCGAAAUGACUUAUAAGCGACUGAAAUUUUCCGCGUUUGGUUUUUACGAAUAUGGUUACAAAUUUAUUCAGCAGUUUUUUGGAGGUAUUACAACUUUUCUGAUAAUCUUAUUACAAAUGGAAACUUCUCCUGAGAUUUCUUAUGGUAUUACAACUUCAUCAACAUUAACAACAAUAGAAUCUAAUGUAUACAAUAAAUCAAGGUAA